AUGUUGGUACAUGGUGCAGGCUCCCAACGUCAUUGGCGAUACAUGAAAGUGCCCCGCAGCUACUGUGCGACCAUCAACGCGACCUUGAACGCGUCAUUUGUCAAUUGUCCACGGAAUCUCUACAGCGCCACUCUCACAACACAACAUCACACAAUGGCCUGCACCUUGCUGGGCAGCAUCGACCACCGUCUGCCCAACGAGCUCACCCUCGCCGUCGUCCAGCAGCUCGACGACGACAACCGCACACUUUGCACGCUUGCGCAGACUUGUCGCGGCUUCCAGCAGCUCGCCGAAGAGCACAUCUACAAGACAAUCAAGCUGCGAUCGGUGAGAGACCUCCGGCGCAUCACCUCCGCCUUUGCCAGUCGCCACGAUCGCGUCCGCGCCGUACACACGCUCAAGAUCCUGUACCGAUGGAACGAGCACCUCCAGGUCAGCCUGGAGCGGCGGAAGGCCUUCAACGAGUGCGUCGCCCAGAUGGUCAAUCUGCGCGAGUGGCAUGUGGAGAGUCCGUACGACAACUUCAAGUGGGAAAAGGGCGGCCACGAGUGGGUCGAGGGCGACAUGGAGCGCUUCAGGCUGGCGUUGGAGAAGGCUUGCGUGGAUGGUGCAAGAGAGAAGGAGCGUUUCGCCCAAGACCGAUACUUGAGUCGCAGCCUGCAGCGGACCGUGGGGCUGGCUCAGCUCGAGUCGCUGACGAUACACUCGCACGGCGCGCACGCGGAUUUCUGGCCCCUGGACGGCUUCCACUGCCUGUUCCGCCACCCAAGCCUUCGUUACCUGCACGUGUCCUGCGUCACGUUCCCCGAGACCCUGGAGGUGCUCGAGUCGCACAAGAGGACGACACCGCUGACGACGCUCAUAUUCGACGAGUGCAAUCUGGAGCCCAAGAGCCUGCUCCAUAUCCUAGGCACGCCUGAGAAGCUGAAGCACCUCACGCUCGGCGAGAAUGUGUUCAACAUCAACAGGAGCGUCGAGUGCUCACCAAAGCUGUCUCCAGACCCUCUCGCAGCAUUGGAGGCCAUUGCAGCUGUCGCACAUUCACUGGAGAGCCUGACCCACCUGGAUUCGAAAUGGCGACUAGCCUCAGAAAACCACAUGAUUGCCCGUAGACGUCUUCCCGGGGACGGCAUGCGGCAGUUUCACUCUCUCAAGACCAUGGAAUGCGACACAGGCUCGUUCCUGCACGAGGCUGUAGUAAUGAAUCACGACCUAGCUCCACCCAACCUCGACACCCUCAUCGUGCGCCGCCAUUUUUGGGUCGUCGAAAACUUCUUCGACUACCUUCCUGAGGUGGGCUGCUACACUGCACUGCCCUCCCUCAACACCCUCGAGCUCAGGCAGUCCGCGGCCGCCCUCAACUUUCUUGCCACAUCCGAGUACAUCUGUGAACCGGACCGUCUCCGCAAUCGCCACGCAUUUGCCUACAAGCUGUUCAAGAGCGAUAUCAACUUUAGACUCGGCAUCGAGCUUGGGAGAGGCUCAUCGCUGAUCCCGCCAUACCUCCACGGCGAGCCGGUGCCGCAAGUCCGGUGUCUGUACGACGCAUCCAGAAUCGGCUUCCGGCGACACAUCAACAAGGAGGCUGUUUUAAAUCUUGACGUCCAAGUGGGCAACCUGCGAGGGAGGAACGUGCUUGCCCCUCCUCGCAGUCUUAGUCUGGAGGAGCAGCUUCUCAGAUCAGCCCCAUCGCCGGCAGCACCCCCCACAACGCUCACCGCAAGCACAUCCGCCGCCCUUCCCGAGACUGAUCAGCUCGGCGAUGACGACGUCCAGCGGAUCACAGGCGAGACGCGCCGUGCUCUCGACCAGAUGAAGGAGCGCUUCGCGCGCGGUUGGCAUCUACAGAGGGACUCGGAUCCAGGCGAUUUGAGCGACAACUGGGACGACGAGAUCGAUGACUUCGAGGGCACCGACGAAGAGACGGACUCGGACUUUGAAGCUAUGAUACAAGAUCUCCAAAACGACGGCGACGAGGAGGCGUUUCUGCAGUUUAUCGAGCACAUGCAGGAGCAGGGGGUUGAGAUUGAGAUGCAGAGUGACGAGGAGGGGAAUGACGAUGAGUGGCAUGAGGCCGAGGAGGGUGUUCCUGAGGACUGGGAAGAUGCCGAGGAUGACCUGGAAGAACACGAAGCUGAGCUACACUGA